AUGGAAUCCUCUAGAAAAAUUCAUUUUCCUACGAUUGAUUUAGACGAAAUAUCAGAAGAAUCUGAUUUAUUGCAAGUAGUUAAAUCCAUUUUAAUAAGAUAUGACACUUUUUUGUUGAAAAAUUUUGCAGGUAAAGAUAAGUUAGAAACCUUUUUGGAUCAGCUAGAGGUUAGUAAACCAGAAAAAACUAAUGGAUUCGAUUCAAGCUUUACUGGAACUCAUGAAAUUAAACAGAACUCCGAUAUCAUUAUUGAACAAUAUAUCUUUAAUACUGAUGAAAGUUUACAGUUCGAUAGAGAGUGUGAUAAUAUAAUUCUGAGAAAAGUUUACAACAGAUUGUUCAAAUUGACUUUGUUCUUUGCCAACCUCUGUUUAAAAUGUCUGGAUAAAGAAGUACUAUUGGAUCAAGAAAAUUAUGCGUCAAGGAUUACACGUUAUUAUAAUGAUACAUCCGAUGAUUUAGAACAAUUGUUACCAGAUAGUGAAAGUUUCCAAUACUUUUUAUCUCAUGAUUUUGAACCAUUCACCUCUGCCGGUAUAUUGACUAUAUUCCCACGAGCUACAGGGAUAAAAUGCAAGCCCUCUACUAUAAGUACUGACGAUAACAGAUGGGUACAGAUUGAUGAGCCAGAUUGUAUGUUGAUCCAUACUGGUUCUCUUAUGAAUUUAUGGUCGGAUGGAAAAUAUACAACAUCUCCUAUGAUGAUUGAUCAUCAUAGCAAUUUGACUCAUUUGACCAUGUUCCCACCUUUGGGUACUCCAGUUAAUAAUGACACAGUCGGCGGAGUUAUGCUUGGUCAAUUGCUUGAAGAAUAUCCAGUGGUUGCGAAAAAAUAUUACAAAGGGGAAAUGGCUUUAAAGGAAUUGAAAAAAAGAAUUCAAUUUUACAAACAAUUAUUUAUAUCCACUGAGACUGUACUGUCACUUUACUCUAUGGCUAAAAUACACCACUCUGCCGCUGACGUUAUCGAUUUACUUCCAUUGAUUUCAAAUAUGAUGAAAAAGAAAAUAGUGGAGGAUUCCUUUUUAAGGAUGGUGACAAUAUGGCCUCAAUGCUACAAUUUAGAAAUGAGUUCUAGCGGAGAAUUGAGAAUCAGAUUUAAUAAGGUAAACCCAUUGGCUAUAUUUACUGAUAAUCGUAGAAGAGAACAAUUUAUAACAAAAGCAGAUGAAUGGUUAGAACAAGCUGAAAUGGAAGAUUCUAUUCCGUUAGAUGUUGAACCAUUUAAGUUAUCCAAAAGAAUUUUAGAUCAUAAAGAUUUAGAUACUAGUAGAAAGUUAGAGGAAGAAAAGGAAAAAAUUGACGUAUCUUAUGAAAAUACUUCGCUAACAAAAAGAAGAUAUAUUUCUAAUACAUCAGAAGAAGUAGGCUUCAAAGAAAAGAAGCACACUUCUCAAGCAGAUAUAUUAAGCAAGCUUCGAGAACGUGAAAGAAAUUCGUCUAAAUUGUUAUCACAACGCCAAAAGCAGUAUCAAAAAUUCUUGCAUGUUAAAAUGAAGCAUGUUUUUGAAAUCUUGCAUUCUAUUGAAGGCAAUAAGCCCUAUACAAUGACUGUACUGAGUACACUGGUAGUGGACAGUUUAAGGGAUGGUAAUAAUCCCAUUGGCACGUCGGAGGCUCAAGAAAUUUUAUUAAAACUUCAAAACCUUCUUCCAGAUGAAAUAAUAGUUAAUGAAGUUGAUGGAGGUCUUAAAGUGUUCAAAUGGAACAAUCUAAAUAGGGAAUUGUUCAAGAAAAAGAUAGAAGAUGAUCUGAACAAUAACGAAUGA